AUGACGGACUCUGGCAAGUCGGUGCGUUCCCCUCACAAGGCGCCCAAGACAAAAUCUGCUCGAUCGAGCAAGGCACUCGCGAGCGCUUCGCCAAACCAACACACGACAGUAUAUCGUGAUUCAGACGAUUCCGAUCGAGAACCUGCCCCACUGCCGCGGAGCCAUACACCAGGCCAUCUCGCCAGCAAAAGCAUCAAUGACAAGCGACGAAAGACUUCCGACGUCGCUAUCCGGCAGCGAUCCCAAUCCGCCUCCCAGGUCGCAUCCAGUUCCACCUCAGGCACAUACCCAGCCAAGGCUCCUCCCGUUUCAAACGGGUCUGCUGAACCCGCCUUGGAGGAUGGAGAGAAGGAGAAGGAGAAGAAACGACCGACGACGGGCUCGCGAACCGCUUCCUCUGUGGCUGCCAGUAGUCGAAAUGCCCCAUCUUCCGCAGCGACAACUCGGCAAUCUUACAAACUCACUCGACCUCCUCGGGGACAACACGUCCCCUUCCCACCACUUCCCGAUCCCAAGGACGCGCCGGAUGUCGAUCCCGCCCCGCCAUCUGGCUUGUAUUGGUCAAAAGCGUUUGUAUCAGGAUCGCCGCACUCAAAUCUUCGAGCUCACACGACAACCUUGAUCGGGUCCAAUAUUUACGUCUUUGGUGGAUGUGACGCGCGAACAUGUUUCAACACAGUCUAUGUACUCGACGCCGAUGCCUUCUACUGGUCUGUCCCGCACGUGGUAGGCGAUAUUCCCAUGCCAUUACGCGCAAUGACCUGCACUGCCGUGGGUAAGAAGCUCGUUGUAUUCGGAGGCGGUGAUGGCCCGGCAUAUUACAAUGAUGUAUACGUCUUAGAUACCGUCAAUUUUCGGUGGACAAAGCCCCGUAUAAUAGGAGACAAGAUCCCGUCCAAACGGAGAGCCCACACGGCAUGCCUAUACAAGAACGGCAUCUACAUGUUUGGAGGCGGCGAUGGCGUCAGGGCACUCAACGACAUUUGGAGACUCGACGUCGCCGAUCCUACCAAAAUGUCAUGGAAGCUCAUAUCCGGGCCUGAAAAUACAUCAAGCUCCAGCUCAACCACCAAAGACCUGCGCCCGAAAGCCCGCGGCUACCACACAGCCAACAUUGUUGGCAGCAAACUGAUCAUCUUCGGCGGCUCAGACGGCGGCGAAUGUUUUGACGACGUAUGGGUCUACGACGUGGAGACGCACAUUUGGAAAUCGGUCUCCAUACCUGUUACAUAUAGACGCUUAUCCCACACGGCCACGAUCGUUGGUUCAUACCUAUUCGUGAUUGGAGGCCAUGACGGAAGCGACUACUGCAACGAUGUGAUACUACUAAACCUCGUGACGAUGACGUGGGACAAGAGGAAAGUAUAUGGAAAACCGCCCAGUGGUAGGGGAUAUCACGGAACGGUGUUAUAUGACAGCAGGUUAUUGGUGAUUGGAGGCUUUGACGGAAGUGAAGUAUUCGGAGACGUGACGAUACUGGAGUUGGCGGUGCAUGCAUACUACUCGCAGAUAAGUCAUUUUACGAUUGAAGUUUGA